GCGCGGGGGCGCGGCAUUGCCCGGAUCUGUGGCAGCAGGCUGGCAUCCAUGGCGGCGAGGCUAGAUCUGGAUGGACAGGUGAUAGAGCCGCUCAAGAUUUGUAUGAUAGGAGCUGGGGGAUUCAUCGGCUCGCAUCUGUGCGAGAAGCUCAUGUGGGAGACGCAGCAUUCGGUGCUGGCGAUUGAUGUCUACAGCGACAAAAUCCAGCAUUUGCUGGAGCCAGGGCAAUCUUGGAGCAGCCGGAUUGAGUUCCACAGGAUCAAUAUCAAGCACGAUUCGCGGCUCGAGGGGCUUAUCAAGCUCGCCGACCUGACUAUCAAUCUAGCGGCAAUUUGCACACCGGCAGACUAUAACACGCGGCCGCUCGACACGAUCUACAGUAAUUUUAUUGACGCAUUGCCAGUGGUUAGAUAUUGCUCGGACAACAACAAGCGCUUGAUCCAUUUUUCUACGUGCGAAGUGUAUGGAAAAACGAUUGGAAGCUUUUUGCCCGAGGACAGUUCCUUGAGGAAGGACCCGAGUUACUACGUCCUUAAGGAGGACGAGUCUCCUUGCAUUUUUGGCCCGAUUGAGAAGCAGCGAUGGUCGUAUGCUUGUGCAAAGCAGCUGAUCGAGCGUGUCAUCUAUGCCGAGGGAGCAGAGAACGGCCUUGAAUUCACAAUCGUACGUCCCUUCAACUGGAUUGGGCCACGGAUGGAUUUUAUUCCCGGGAUCGAUGGGCCAAGCGAAGGCGUACCAAGAGUUUUGGCUUGCUUCAGUACGAACUUGCUCAAGAGCGAGCCUCUGAAGCUCGUCGAUGGUGGACAAUCACAACGGACGUUCGUCUACAUCAAGGAUGCCAUUGACGCGGUGAUGCGUAUGGUGGAAAAUCCACAACGAGCAAAUGGUUACGUGUUCAACGUCGGCAACCCAGACAAUGAAGUCACAGUUAGAGAACUUGCUUUGAUGAUGACCGAGGCAAGUGUUGUUUUUAAAACGUUCUUUCAGUUUCCCAGGCUUAUCUUCAUACUUCUCAUUGGUGCCACACAGGUGUACACAAAAGUUAGCGGCAGGCCGCAGCUGGACGAGCCCACAAUCGACGUGAGCUCGAAGGAGUUUUACGGGGAGGGAUACGAUGACAGCGACAAGCGCAUUCCAGACAUGACGAUCAUCAAGAAGCAACUGGAGUGGGAACCCAAGACAUCUCUGUUCGAUCUCUUGGAAUCGACGCUGACUUACCAGCACAAGACUUAUGCCCGAGCGAUGCAGCAACUAUUGUCCAAGUCCCUCCCCACCGCCUAAUGAUUUCAUUCGAAGAGAGCAGGCUAUGGCUUUGUCGUCGCGAAGAGGAAGAAAGAAAGAAGCAAUAAAGCGUUUUUACAAAGAAUAAAAA